AUGGACAGUCCCAGCAGGCUUGGUAAGCUGCUGUCUAACACGAUAUCGACAAAGCGGCGGCGCUCCAAGACGCCGAUGGGUGAGGGCCGCAACACCAACAGCGAUGCCGGCAGUGUGGGCGACAGAUCGCACCGGGCUAGCAUCGGGUCGCGCAUAGCCGGCAGCGACUCCAACUCUGCGCGCAGCCUGCCGCUCCAUGGCGACGAGGCCUCGGGCUCGGACUAUGAAGCCGCCCAGCGCCGACCCACUGCCAUCUCGGCUCUCCCCUCGUCGUCUCCCCUAGCGUCAGCGCCCCAAGCGACUCAGGCAGCGCAGUCGCCGAAUCCCGAUUCUGCGGCUUCAGACCCGAUUCAGCAGCUUUCCAGAUUCCCAUCCAUCCCUGACGGACCCGAGAUUCUCUCCGUGCCGGCCGUCGAUCGCAGCCGUACUACGGUUGGCUCCCCUCGCCUAGAGAUCAAGCGUUCAUCCUCGAGCUCCCGCUUGCGUGACGUGUUUCGGCCCAAGAAGGAGCCAAAAGACGCUAAAGAAACGCUAGAGAGCAAGCCCGAAACCCCAAGACCGCUAUCCGUUCGAACAAAUUUCGAACCGCCCAAGCAGCCCAACCUAUCCCCGCUCGAUCCCCCUACCCCGCUGAUCGUCAACACACCUCCGACUCCGACCGAAUCGAAGCAUCCGGACAGAGUCUUUGACAGCCUUUCAAGGCCCGCGAAUGUCUUGCUGAUCGGGGGUGGGAGCAUGAGCAGCACCACACGACGGAGGGCCGGCUCGAAUGCCGGUCCCAGCAAGCUGUCCAACAUCACCCCCGCCCCACCAACGCCUACCCCUGACAAUCAUACCCAAGCAAAUAAUAAUAUUAUUAACAACCCCCCGGCCACGCCUGCGAACCCGGCCGCCAACUUCUUCUCGUCCAUGUUCACUGCCGUCCAGAACACGGCCAACUCUCUCAGUACUACCCUCGCACAAAACAAGGUCAAGGGGUCGCAGCCGCAGGCCAAGGACCAGGUCGACGCGAAGAACGUCGACGCCAACGAGGUCCAGCCAUCGGUUACCCCUGGGCCUUCCUCCGAGUCCAAGGAGCCUGCCGUCAAGACCCUCGGCUUGGGCGAUUUAAGCUUGAGUCACCUCGGCAUCGUGGACCCCCCGAGUGCCACCUCCCCGAGCCCUCUUGCGACUCGGUUCAUCCAGCCCGAAAGCCGCGCACGGUCCGACUCGGCCCCGGCCGAGCCUCACUCCGCCAUCAUGGAGACGUCCGGAGAUAACCAUGCCUCACGGCCUCUGUCGCUGAACGAGUCAGCCGACGGGUUUCGCACGCCCCCAACUGCCAGCGUGCACGAUGGCAAGUCGGGUAUCCAUCGCAGCGGCAGCAAUCGCAGCGCCCACGGGCAUCGUGGCCGAAGGCGCGGCAACAGCAAUGCCACGCACGUCACGACGGGCACUACGAUCGGUGCUGCUAUCACAGCCGCCACGUCGUCCCUUGCUAACCCGGCUGCUACUCCAGGUCCUAGACUUACUGGGUUUGCGGUGGCCAACAAGAAGCGCAACCGCGAGUUCCAUAACCUGUUCAAGAGCGUCCCUGAUGACGAUUAUCUGAUUGACGACUACAGCUGCGCCCUGCAGCGUGAGAUCCUUGCCCACGGACGCCUGUACAUCUCGGAAGGCCACCUGUGCUUCAGCAGCAAUAUCCUUGGUUGGGUGACCACCCUGGUCCUUAGCUUCGAUGAAAUUGUCGCCGUCGAGAAGCGCAGCACCGCACUUGUGUUCAAGAACGGUCUCGAAAUUUCGACGCUCCACUCAAAGCACAUCUUCGCCUCCUUUGCCAGUCGCGAUACCACUUACGACCUGAUCAUCAAGAUCUGGAAACUGGGCCAUCCCCAUCUGCAGAGCUCCCUUAAUGGCGUUCGUCUUGCCGAGCCGGGCGGCGACCGCACCGAGAAAAUCAUGGAUGCCGAGUCGACUUCGGCGCCUGGCAGCCAUGAGAGCGCCUCUGGCUCGGACGACGAGAGCGCCGAAGAGGAUGAUGAUGUGUAUGAUGAAGAUGAGGAAGACGAGGGUGCCAGUCCGGCCGCUGCCGCCGUGUCGGACGGGGCUGCCGGCCAGGACGCAGACAAGGGCACCCGCAAGGUAUCUGGUCAACUGCCUACUCCCGCAGAAAAGGCGGACGACACCCCUGCCAGUGCUGGAGGUGCCAACAGCGGCAGCGGCAGUGCUAGCAGCGGCGACUUCCCCGGCCCAGCGGCCCACGCCCCAACCGACUGCGGCGACUCAGCCACCCACUAUGAGAAGGUGCUUGCCGAUGAGACCAUCCCAGCGCCGCUGGGAAAGGUCUUUUCGCUGCUGUUUGGCGCCGAGUCGGCCAACUGGAUGGGUCGGUGGUUGACGACCGAGCAGAAGUGCACCGACCUGCAGAUGGACGACAAGCGUGGGCUGUCGGAGGAGGUCAAGUCGCGGACGUACUCCUACAUCAAGCCGCUGAACGGAUCCAUCGGUCCCAAGCAAACCAAGUGCAUUGUUACGGAGCAGAUUGAUGCGAUUAACUUUGAGAAAGCGGUCACCAUUUCCGUUAGCACGCAGAACCCGGAUGUGCCCAGUGGGAACAUCUUCGUCGUCAAAACGAAGUACUGCCUUAGCUGGGGCGAAAACAAUGGCACGCGUGUGCAGGUCAACUGCGCGAUUGAGUGGUCCGGCAAGAGCUGGCUGAAGGGUGCCAUCGAGCGCGGCGCCAACGAAGGUCAGACCCAGUACUGCAAGGACUUGUUUGCCGCCCUGCGCGCCGCCGUCUCCUCCCGCUCACGCGCCGGCACCAUGACGAAUGGUCGGCCCGGCGGCAAGAAGCGUGGCGGCGCCGGAGGGCGCAAGAACAAGCCUGCGCCUAACGCCCUCCCCUCCGAGGCCGACUCGGCAACCGCAAAGAAACAGCCCUCCUGGGGCCCGCUCGAGCCCAUCCGUCCUUUUGUUUCUCCAAUUGCCGAUGCUGUCAAGCCCAUUCUCACCGGUAAUGUUGUGUAUGGUCUCCUAGUCGGGUUAUUGGUUGCCUCCUGGUUCGGCUUUGGCACACUCCGCAGCAAUACCCCCUCCGGCCCGCCCGGCGCGUACGACCCUGCUGCUGCGGCAGUGUACCUGUAUCACCACUACCCUAACUAUGCCCAGCGCGUCGCGGCGUACGAUGAAAUGUGGCGGAGGGAAGAGAGUGAAUUGUGGGAGUGGAUUGAGGAACGCGUGGGGUUGCCGGAACGGUUGGGGGGCGAGGGGCCGUUGAAUGUUGGGUUGGGGUCCAUGGAGGCGAGGAGUGUGGAGGAAAGGAUAAGGGAGGAGAGGAUGGAUGAAAGGCAGUUGAGGGAGGCGAUUAGGGUUACGGAGGAGAGAUUAGGGGUGUUGAAGGGGGUUGUGGAAAGGCGAGCGGGGAAGAGGUAA